CGUGACCUAGUUGACAGGCUUUGAGGGGCUGCUGCCGCCGCCGCUGGUGCUGCUGCCGCUGCCGCCGCUGCUACUGCCGCCGCCGCCGCUGCUGCUGUCGCGGCUGCAGCUCUCGGGGCGCCUUGAGAGGGGGAAUCAGAGCCGGAGCCCGAGGCAGGAGCGAGGCAGUGAGGAAACGGGGAAGGGAGAGCCGGAGGAAGGGGGGACGGCGGCGGCGGCUGCGGGAGGGGGGGGCUGAGACUCUUUCACUUUUUGGAUUUUCCCGAGUUCCCCCUCCCACCCCGCGCGCGCACACACCCCCCCUUUUUUCCUGUGAGCCUGGGGAACUUGCAGCUCAAAGCCAGCCACCCCCACGGCAACAUGUACCCCAGCAACAGGAAGAAAAAGGUGUGGAAAGAGGAGAAAGAACGUUUACUGAAGAUGACCUUGGAAGAGAGACGCAAAGAAUACGUGAGAGAUUAUGUUCCUUUGAAAGACAUUCCAUCAUGGAAGGAAGAAAUGAAGAGCAAAAGCCAGAAUGACGAUGAAAGUGCCCAGGAAGUUUCACAAGUGAAGAAAAGUCUGAGUGAAAAAGUUUCACUCUAUAGAGGUGACAUCACAUUGCUUGAGAUUGAUGCCAUAGUCAAUGCAGCAAAUGCCAGCCUUCUUGGAGGAGGAGGAGUGGAUGGCUGUAUUCAUAGAGCAGCUGGUCCUUGUCUGGUUGCUGAAUGCCGUAAUCUAAGUGGCUGUGAGACUGGUCAAGCUAAGAUCACUUGUGGGUAUGACUUGCCAGCAAAAUAUGUCAUCCACACUGUGGGACCCAUAGCCAGGGGUCACAUCAAUGAUUCCCAUAAAGAAGACCUUGCAAAUUGCUACAAAUCUUCUCUGAAGUUGGCAAAAGAAAAUAACAUCAGAUCAAUUGCAUUCCCCUGCAUCUCUACAGGAAUUUAUGGAUUUCCAAAUGAGCCAGCUGCAACCAUAGCCCUAACCACCAUCAAGGAAUGGCUGAACAGGAAUCAUCAUGAGAUGGACCGCAUCAUCUUUUGUGUCUUCUUGGAAGUUGACUUCAAAAUUUUCAAGAAGAAAAUGAGUGAAUAUUUCCCUAUAGAGGGAUUAGAAGCAAAGGGCCUCUCUCCUCCUCCCAAGAAGAGCAAAGCAAAGAAGUCAGAAAGUGUGAAAGAGUCUAAUGAGGAUGAGGCACAGCCUCCCACAGCACCCAGUCCUUCAUCAGAAGAAGCUGUUGAAGCCAGCAAGGAUAAAGAUUCUACCCCAGAUGCCAGUGUCAUACAAGAAGAUGACAUCACCCGUGGCUCAGUUCAUGACCAAGAUCCGACUGAAGGACAUGAUGAUGACUCAAUGAAGAAUGAAAUGAAAAUGGAGAUUGAAUCCCAGAGCUCAUACAUGGAAACAGAAGAACCUUUCUCUAACCAAGAAGAUACCACAAUUGUUCCAAAACCUGAAGUUACUGCAGCCACUGAUGACAAAGAAGAAAAGGAAAAGGAAAAAGAAGGAGCAGUGGGAGAAGGGAAACCAUCUGCAGAGCAAUUGGGUGCUAGAGAUGCCUGCCCCAUGGAAAAUGCUACAUAUGCCGAUGUUGAAAUGAGUAGUCAGGAUGAAAGUGACCCAACAGAGAGUCAACAAGACGAUGAUCUCUAAUAGAUGAACAAGAUAAGGCAAACGAAUGAAAGGACAUGACGGCCCUUGGCAAUGUAUGGCAUCUGAUGGCAUCGGUGAAGUGGAGGCUGAGAGACACCAAAUGGUGUCAAUAAAAGCUAGGGGUGGGUGGGGGGAGGGAAUUUGGGUCCAAAGAGAAGGGGAUUCUUUGCUUUGAUUCUUCCACUUGCAUUUUGUUCUGUUUACCUUCUUAAAGGGAUGAGGGAUUUAGAGAAAGAUUUUUAAUAUGGUGGCAGAUGCCCCAUAUUAAAAUCAUCUUUUUUUUUUUUUAAGGGAUUGACCCUGUAUUAAUGUCUUUCCUUUGUAACUUUGCCACAGGGUCAUAAUAGGACAGCUUAAACACACAUACAUAUACCUGUGUAUGUAUGUUUGUAUAUAUUCUGUUCUCCAGACUUGCUUCCUCAAUAACUUUAUAAAACAGGUUGUUCAGUGACUUCUUUGAAGAAAAAGAAGGGAACAAGGUUAUUUUCUGUCUCACAACCUAAAGUUUCAGAGAGGAUACUGCUAGACAGCAGCAUAAUCCACAGAUGGUAUCAAGUAGAAAAUAAGUUAGGAAGUGGUCAAAACCUAUUUACUGAUCCCUUAAAGAAGGUCUGGACAUGUAAAUAGAAAAUGAGGUUUUAUUCGGUACCUCACAGCACCACAAAUUAGUUUCAUGGCAUUCAUUAAGAAAUGAUGGAAGAAGUGUUUAGUCUAGCACAGAGUAAGAUAAGCUUAACUAGUAAAAUCAUUUGUGCCCCUUUCGCAGCCUAUGUCACCAUUGUCCUUAGAUAGAACGGAAAUUUUCAUUUCAUCAGCAACAUAAACUUACAAUGGGGCUUUUUUAUUCCAUCAUGUUCUUAUCUUAUGCUUCCUCUCUCAGCCUGUGGACUAGGACAAGACCUGGUACCACCAACUGUAGAAAUUUUUUUUCCCCCUUUCAACUAAAACAGAGCUUAUUUAAGUGAGCACUUAUCUAGAUGUUGCUAGUAGUUUAACCCCUCGAUUAAAUAAAAAUACAUGCCAAUUAGAACUCAUCCUAUAUUGACUAGUGGUUUGUGGAUAUUAAUCAACUGCGCUUGAAAUCCCUCCUGUUAUGUUUCUCAAUAUAGAUGGCUGUGUAAUUAUGCGUAUAUAUUUGAAUAAGACACUUUCCCCUAAUCACUGGGUACAGGGGUCUUUAGAUCAAAUGUCAUUGGGUAGUAAAAACAAAAAAUGGAGGAGCAAGGAUCUCCUUUUCAGCUGUGCAGUAAAUUAAAUUUGUAUGCCUUUCACAAAAAGAGGAUAUGCUUUUCACAAAAGAACACACAGCACGUUUCCAAGGUUUGAAGGUCUGAAAAACACAUUCCCCUCCCUGUUAGAAGCAAUUAGAGCUCCUGUUUGCAGUCUCUGCUUCCUAGUUUGUUUUGACAUUACAUUACUUGACUAGGCCAGGUCUGAAAAUAAUUUGUUGCUGGGUUCCUCCCAGCUAACCAUUGAACACAGCACUAAAAAAAGGGAAGGCAGCCCUAAUAGUUCAUGAGGGUGGUUCUCUGUAGAAUGAGGACUAGCGUUUGCUUAAGAGGCAGUGGGACCCAGAAAUGAGAGAGUAUGAGGAGCUUAGGUAUGUGUGUGCCAGUAUUUUUUUUUGAUUAAAAUCCUUCAGAAGGCAAUAUUGACACCAUUAGCUAACCCUCUCAACAACAUGCUAGACUCCACUGAGAGCUAAUCUUGUUUCUCUCAUAUCCCUUUAAGCUACUUGUGAUCAGGCUUUUUUAUAAGUGCUUUGGAAUUUAUAUUUCAUUUCUCUUUUGCCUUAAACAAGCAGAUUGUGGAUGUCCAAAUAUAGUCAGUCAGGUUAAGUACUUUAUUAAUCAUCAUUUAUUGGAUGUUUGCUUUAAAUUCCACUUAAGUUGGAAUUAGCUCCCUCUAUCCCUUUGUAUGCACAGUGGUGUAUAUAUGUGCUUGGGUAUCUGUGUAUGUGUACAUAUACACACACAUAUACACACAUAUUCUUCCUAGGUAUUGUUUUCUUUCAACCCUUCCUGAAUUUGUCUACCCCUCUUAGUCGCUACAUUUUAAAAGCUAACAGUCGGGGCAGAGAGGUGAUGGAGUACAUAGAGCAUCUGCCCUAGGAUCAAGAGGAACUGAGUUCAAAUGUGCUCUCAGAUACUUGACACCUUCUAGCUAGAUGAUCCUGAGCAAGUCACUUAACCCUAAUUGCCUCGCAAAAAAAAAAAAAAAAAAAAAAAAAAUUAACAUUCUGUAUUUCUGCAUAACACUCAUAUAGCAAUUUCAUGAUCCAAAGCAGUCCAUCAUCACAGCUAUUCCCUUGAGAUUGACAUCAUGGAAACUAGCUUGGCCAUUUUCUCAUAUGGUGUCAGCGAAUGAUCUGGGAAUGGAUGAUAUUCUUUUUCAAGUCCCAUUAAGCACAACUUUCUUAGAAGCAAAAAGGAAGUGAUUUUAAAAUAGUCCUAGAAAUGCUACCACACGAAUUCUGAUAUUUUCUCUAUUUUAUGCCAUCUUCAUAACUUAAUUGAAGAAGUCACUGUCAUCUUGUGAAAUGCUUGACAAGUGCAAUCUGCUGCAAGCAGAUUAUCCUGUGGUUACCAAAUGUUGGUGAUAUUCUCUUGCAGUAAUGAGCUACAACAGAAAACAACAUGAGAGAGAUGGCACAGAGAACUAGGCUUGAAAGUGGUCGAAGAUGAAAGAUUCCUAAUCUCCCACUUAGAAACUACCAACAUGGAAAAUAAUGGCCUUCACUAGGACUUCAGGUCCAAGAUAUGCUUAUUAUCCAAGCGAGUCAUUUUCUUGGUUCUUAGUUUUAACUUUGGUUCCCUUGGACAAGGGGGUAGUUCUUUAAAAUGUGGAGGUUUCUGCCCAAAGAAAGAGUGGAAAAGUAAGCAAUGAAUGAAGAGAACUAAGAAAGUAAGAAAAUAUACCAUUACAUUCAAUCUGAUGAACCCUAACAUAAAAAUUUGUUUGGAUUUUUUUUAUCUAGUUUGGUUUAGGGAUUUUCAAGAACCGUUAUUUAGCUGUAUGAUCUUAUUGAUUACAAAAAGAUAAUGAAGAUACCAUACUCUCAUUCAGAUAAUAAAAAUAAAAAUUAUCAAGUAAUUGCUGAAAUAUAACAACAGACACAAUGAAUUGUUAUUUCACUAGAGUUGCUAAAAUUAAUAGAAUAGGCUUUGUAAAAGAAUAAACACCAAGUCAAUUAGUUUCCUGCACAUGAAUUCUGUAUGUCAAUCUCUACCCAGACUUCAAUCAUUCUGUAGCAUGAGGGUGGGGGUGGGGAGGGAAGGGGAAGGGAAAGAGAAUAAAACCCUACAUUAGUGAUGUUUGCAUACAGAGUAUCAAAAUAUGCUUUUAACAUAAUAGUCCAAUUAAAAAAGGUUCUCAAUCUAGGAGAAACAAUGCAUUAUUCCUCUAGCUCGUGGCUGCUCAGAUGAUGGACAAGUCUUCUUUCAGAGUAGUUCACAAAGGAGACAUCUGAAACAACUGUCUGUGAUAUUGGGUCACAUAUUAUUCACUGCAGCUAAUUGUAAAUCUUUCUAUGAAACACUGAAAAGCCUCUUUGUGAAUUAAUACUGUUCUGCUUGAUGCACUUGAUUAAAAAAGACAUUUCUCUCUAUGUGGUGCAUGUCGGCUUUGCUUUGAAAAAUUACAAAGUUAGCAGAAUAUGUUUAAUAUAUUUUCUUGGGGAAUAGGGUUUUUAUCAUAUGAUUCAUUAAGGAUUUGCCUUACCCUGACAUUUGUGAUAUAAAGGAAAAUCUGAAAAAAAUGUAAUUUUCUUGAUCAAAAUAUGUUUUUACUUAAUGCAAAUAAAUGUAGUCUGUUGCUUGCAAAACGUCUUCUGAUAGCUGGUAUAAACUGCUAAAUAGAAUUAGACGUGCCUCCUUUGUUAAUCUAGCAUUUAAGUGCUGAACUGCUUCUAAAUCUAUUAGUUUCCUUCUGUCUGUGCCAUACAUUGAAAACCUUAAACAACCGAUGCCUUCAUACUACAUUUGUUAAUGCAGAAUACUAAUAAAACUCAUUCAAGAGAA